GGGGACAUGCCCCGUGGGGAUGGGGACACGUGGGGUUUGGGAUGUGACACUGUGGGGAUGGGGACAUUUCCCACCGGGCCUGGGCUGCGUCCCGCGGGCUGUGGGUGCCCCCUCCUGUCCCUCUGCUGUGACCUGCCGGGGUGUCCCCUGGCGCUGGACCCAACCCCCCCCCGCCCCUCACCGGGGCGUCGGGGCUGGUCCUUGACCCCGGUUAAUGAUUCGCCCCCGGGCGCUGCCAGUGGCCCCGCGGGCAAACAGUGGCCCCGGGGCUCCGGGCCGGGGGGGGGCGAGGGUGCUGCUGGCUGGACCAGGGCCAUGGGAGGCGCGUCUGGGGGGAUGGAGCCGCUCCUGGGGGGCACAGCCCCAUUUGGGGUGUGCGGGCACCGCGGGGAUGGGGCCCAGGGACACUGCCCUUGCGGGGGGGCACAGUCCAGGGAGGGAGGGAGCCCCUUUAGGGGAGUGCGCCACCCCAUUUGCGGGUCUAUGGAGGCGCGCUGCGCCGUGGGGGCGUGUACCUCGGGGGGUAUUGUCUCAUUCGGGGGGAAUCACCCCAUUUGGGGGUGCACGGGGGCGGUAUUGCCCCAUGUUGAAGUGUACCUUGGGGAGGUAUUGCCCCAUUUUGGAGGGGACACGUAGCGGGGGAACCACCGCCUUAUUUUGGGGAUCCCCACGCCGGGCGCCCCGUCGCGGCUGUUGGGCCCCGGGGGGGCCGGGCCGGUGCGGGGGGGCCGGUCGGGGCGGUCCCGUGGGGCUCCGUUAAAGCGGCGGCCGGAGGCGGCGGCCGGAGGCGCCAGCGAUGGGCAGCGAGGGGGAGCGGGGCCCGGGGGACCCGCGGGCGCUGCGCAGGGACUGUCAGCACCGGAUUUUCGUCAAUCGGAGCCUGGCGCUGGAGAAGAUCAAAUGCUUCGGCUUCGACAUGGACUACACCCUGGCCAUGUACAAGUCCCCCGAUUAUGAGGAGCUGGCGUUCGCUCUGCUGCUGGAGCACCUGGUGUCCAUCGGGUACCCCCACGAGAUCCUCGCCUACAAGUACGACCCCACCUUCCCCACCCGGGGGCUGGUGUUCGACGCCCUGUUUGGGAACCUGCUGAAGGUGGAUUCUCAUGGGAACCUGCUGGUCUGCGCCCACGGGUUCCGCUUCCUCAAGGGGGCUGAAAUCCUCCACUAUUACCCCAACAAGUUCAUCCAGCGGGAUGACAUGAAACGCUUCCACAUCCUCAACACCCUCUUCAACCUCACAGAAGCCUACCUCUACGCCUGCCUCGUGGACUUCUUCACCAACUGCUCCCGAUACAUCAACUGUGACACCGGCUACAAGCACGGGAACCUCUUCAUGUCCUUCCGCAGCAUGUUCCAGGACGUGCGCGAGGCCAUGGACAGCGUGCACCUCUCGGGCUGCUUGAAGGAGAAGACAUUGGAGAACCUGGAGAAAUACGUGGUGAAGGACCCCCGCGUGCCGCUGCUGCUGAGCCGCAUGAAAGAGGUGGGGAAGGUCUUUCUGGCCACCAACAGCGACUACAACUACACCGAUGCCAUCAUGUCCUACCUGUUUGACUUUGGCGAUGGGGACAAGGUGGGUGUGACCCCGCUGGGGGGUGCGGGGUGCCACGGGCACCCCCUCGCUGACCCCCCCCACCCACAGCGGCCCUGGCGAUCCUACUUCGACCUCAUCGUGGUGGACACCCGCAAGCCGCUCUUCUUCGCCGAGGGCACCGUCCUGCGCCAAGUCAACACGGACACGGGGAAGCUGCGCAUCGGGACAUACACGGGGCCGCUCCAGCACUGCGCCGUCUACUCGGGGGGCUCCUCGGACGUGGUGUGUGACCUGCUGGGCGUGAAGGGCAAAGACAUCCUGUACAUGGGGGACCACAUCUUCGGGGACAUCCUCAAGUCCAAGAAGCGGCAGGGCUGGAGAACCUUCCUGGUGGUGCCCGAGCUGGCGCGCGAGCUGCAGGUCUGGACGGAGAAGAGCGAGCUGUUUGAAGAGCUGCGCAGCCUGGACCUCUUAUUGGCGGAGCUGUACCAGCACUUGGACAGCGGCAGCAGCGAGCGCCCGGACAUCAGCUCCAUCAAGCGUCGGAUCCAGAAGGUCACCCACGAGAUGGACAUGUGCUACGGGAAGAUGGGCAGCCUGUUCCGCUGCGGCUCGCGCCAGACGCUCUUCGCCAGCCAGCUGAUGCGCUACGCCGACCUCUACGCCGCCUCCUUCCUCAACUUCCUCUACUACCCCUUCAGCUACCUCUUCCGCGCAUCCCCCGUCCUGAUGGCACACGAGUUGACAGUGGAGCACAGCCGCCUGGACGCCGGAGAGGGGGGCACGGCCCUGGCGCCCUGGCUGGCCCAGUGUGGCCACCCCGGCCAGCAGGUUGCUGGGGAGGACUCCAACGGGGAGGACGAGGAUGAUGGAGAAGCUUGAGCCCACCCCAGCGCCAACAAGGGCAUUUGGUGGCCCCUGGGCCACUGGCUCUGCCACCACCUCCAGUGGCUGCAGGAUGGCUGGUGGCCCUGGCUGUGUCACACGUCUCCCCAUGCAGUGUCAGGAGGAGGGUCCCCCCAGAGCCCCUGGUCUGGUCAGCGCCCCCAGUUUCACUCAUGACCCCCCAUGGUGAUGCUGGGAGCCCAGUUUGACCGGCCGGUGGUCCCAGCAGCUCCUGCCCCAACCACAUCCAAGCUCUGGGGGCAGCCACUGCUCCCCAAAAAUCCCUUUUACCCUCCUCCAUUUUCUAUUUAUGAAAGAUACUCCAACUCCUGGCACCGCGGAGAUGUAAAAUUAGCUGUUUUUAAAGGAAAACUGCUCUGUCCCCGAGUCUGGGAGGCAAAGGGCAAUUCCCAAACCCUGGGACAAGCGCAAGCCCCUGGGCCACCCCAAGACCCCCCGGCUCUGCCAGCCCCCAGGAGGAGGGGACCGGGGCUGCCGCGGUCCCCAGAGCGGAGCCAGGACAUGCGGCUCCUGCUCGGAGACGUGUCCCGGCAUGGAGGGUUCUCAAUAAAGAUGCUGAGCCAA